CUCCUCUUACUGCUGGUUAUGAAGCUCGUGUGACCCGAGAGGCCAGACUGUCUGCAGAGAGCACCGCAGGUUGUUAAGUUAUGGACGCUUCUGGCAAAACACCUAUUAAAUACAGUGAAGGACCGAAGGAAGAUUUAAAGGCAGGUGAAGCGGCUUCUCCUGCUCAAGGCGGGAGCUCUUGCCUGAAGAGCAUGCGGGGCUGCAUCCCGCCGGAGUACCAACUUGAGCUGGUACAACUUUUCCAACUAGCGGGGCCGGUGGUAAUUUCCCAGUUGAUGGUCUUUAUGCUCAGUUUCGUCAGCACAGUGUUCUGUGGUCACCUGGGAAAAACUGAACUUGCAGGAGUAUCAUUGGCAAUUGCGGUGGUUAAUGUCACUGGUAUUUGCAUCGGAACUGGUUUGUCGUUAACUUGUGAUACCCUGAUAUCUCAGACGUAUGGGAGCGGUAACUUGAAGCGUGUGGGUGUGAUUCUCCAGAGAGGGAUUCUGAUUCUGCUGCUGGCCUGUUUCCCCUGCUGGGCCGUCAUCAUCAACACUGAACCUCUCCUCCUCGCUGUCCAGCAGAGCCCCGAGGUCGCCAGUCUUGCCCAGCUGUAUGUGAAGAUCUUCAUGCCUGCUCUGCCGGCAGCCUUUAUGUACCAGCUGCAAGGGAGGUAUCUUCAAAAUCAGGGAAUUAUAUGGCCUCAGGUGAUAACUGGAGCAGUUGCAAAUGUCCUAAAUGCUUUCAUCAACUACAUCUUCCUCUAUCGUCUGGAUAUGGGUGUUGCUGGAUCUGCAACAGCUAAUGCCAUCUCUCAGUAUUUGCUGGCUGUGGUCUUGUAUGUUUACAUCUGCUGGAGGGGUCUGCACAAGGCCACAUGGGGAGGCUGGUCACUCGACUGUCUACAGGAGUGGGGACCCUUCGUCCAGUUGGCCAUUCCCAGUAUGCUCAUGCUUUGUCUGGAGUGGUGGAUGUUUGAAGUGGGAGGAUUCCUGGCCGGUGUGAUUAGCGAGGCUGAGCUGGGAGCUCAGUCGAUAACCUAUCAGCUGGCUGUUGUAGCUUACAUGUUCCCACUAGGAUUCUCUGCUGCUGCCAGUGUGCGGGUUGGAAAUGCUCUUGGUGCAGGAAACAUAGAGCAAGCCAAGUUAUCGAGUAAAGUCCCCAUCAUCUGUGCAUUCAUAAUUGCAUGUUUUGUUGGAGCGAGUCUCAGCAUCGCCAGAAAUGUCGUCGGAUACAUUUUCACCUCAGAGCAAGAAAUUUUACACAGGGUUGCCGACGUCAUGUUUGUAUUUGGUUUCACGCAUCUUGCUGAUGCUGUCGCGGGUGUGGCUGGAGGAGUUCUUAGAGGAGCAGGAAAACAGAUGGUUGGUGCUCUGUGUAACCUGGUGGGAUACUACUUCAUUGGCUUCCCCAUUGGUGCGUCCCUAAUGUUUGCAGCGAACAUGGGGAUUGUAGGACUAUGGACAGGACUUACUGUUUGUGUGCUAAUGCAGUCGAUUUUCUUCAUUGCAUUUCUGUACAAACUUGAUUGGAAGAAGGCUGCUGAAGAGGCUCGUGUGAGAGCAGGAGUCCAGGUCAAAGAAGAAAAAGAGAUGGACAGGAUUGAAAACACAGACCCGAAUCAUAACCAGGCCCAGGUCAGUACUACUGCAUCCAGUUGUGAGGGUACUGAGGAGGAUCAUGCAUACCAGGAGGUGCAUGGGCCGGGCCAGAAUAAAUCCACUAAUACUACAGUGGGAGAUGUUCUCUCAGUAACGCAACUGGUUUUGCGGCGUGGACUGACAUUGCUGGCCAUGGUCGUCAUCCUCGUCGCUGGAAUCUUCGCUUACAGCUUCCUCAUCAAGCUGCUGAAAUGAGAUGCAGAGCUGGCAAUCAGAGUGAUGGUUGUCAAGUUUGGUAGCAUAAAGUUCCACUAAACAAUAUUAUUAUGUUAGCACUGAAUCACCUUGUAGUAUGAAAGGGUUAUUCAUGCUGCUGAUCCCACUGAGGAUCAACAGUUCAGUCUGCAGAUUUAUACAGCCUUUAGUGCCACCAUCAGACCCUCUCAUACUGUAUGUAAGUAGACAGCCACACAGGUGACAAGAGUUGCACAUAGAUGGAUAGGCAGAUAGAUACUUUAUUUAUCCCCUAGGUGAAAUUCAUGAUACAUGUAGCAAGCUGAAGGGACCUAGGUAUCUAUGUUUGAGGAGGUAGCAGACCAAACCAGGGCUGAAAUACAAAUUGUUAAACUUGGAGUAUUGGGAUGCUUAUGUUGUAGAUUUUCUGUUAAAUGUGUGAUAAACAUCAGGCAGGUUUUUGCUAUCAUGAUAGUCAUGACAAAAGCUGAUGUAGUGCUUUAUGCCAGUGCUUUUUACUCUAAUUUUUGUCUUGGGGUUUUGUGACCCCUUGAGGUUAAAAGAAAUGCAACUUAAAUGAACCUGUUAGGACAUGCCAUGUUUGCUUCAGCAUUCAGAUAUUAGCUGUGUCCCAAUUCAGGGGUCACAUCCAUCAGAGGAUGUGGUCUACAAAGGCAUGGCCCUUUCGUAGACCGCAAAGAUCUAUGGGAUGGAUUCUCGUUUUGCGUCACCAGCUGUGCCCGCCAUUACUGUUGCAUCACAAAGUGCAGCUCCUGUCAGAGGGUUUUUAUCAGUUGUACCGUUAGCUGUUGAACAGAGCUGAAACCCAAUAACUAGAUUUAAAAGUGUAAUCCUGGGGCUCUCUGUUUGCGUUGCUUGCUCCCAUGUUAUUUUCAUUACCAUUGAAUGAAUCUUGGGAUAUGUUGGGUCACAAAGGAUCCACCCGUUGUUCAGGAAAUGGACGCAUUUCUCUGCCGCACUUGAAGGAGCCUUCAAAAUGGGAGUAGUCUAGUUGUGCCGCUGUGACGCAAUUGGCCUUCAAACACAGCCUCUGUAGGAUGUGGCCCCUGAAUUAUGCCCCAUAACAAGCACCAGGAGUAAAGUGCUGUACAUGUUUAUGUUUCAUACAGAACAUGCCAAAGUUCAGGAUUGUUUCGUUUAGAGUAACAAUUUUGAGACUUUUACAAUCUGUUCAGUCAGUUUAAAUGAAGACAAGUGUAUUUUUCAGUAGGAAUAUAUAAAUAGUGACAACACAUUCCACAGUGGGACAGCUGAUAGACAUUGUAAGAUUAUAUGACACUAGUGCUCCUUAUUUUCUCUUUAAAGGGUUGUGCAACACCAAAACAUAAAAACUGUGAU